AUGACCGAAGAAGAAGAAAAUCUCUACUGGGUCGAGCAGGAAGAAUUAGCCGAAAGGCAAGCUGAGAAAACUCGCCGUCAACAUCGAGAAGCUCGAAGAGCGGCUGAAACCAAUCCGGAUAUCCGCGAUCUCCGCAAUUACAUCACCAAGACCGCUGCGGAAGUAAAGGCUGUGAAAUCGCAAAUUCACCACGCUACGAGCUCCGCUCCGGAAAUCGAUCGACUCCUUGAAGUGGCUCGCAAAACGCCCGCACGUAUUUCCGAAACUAGGGUAUCUUACCCAGGGAAACUCAAGAUACCAAUCUACAAAGGCACCACUGAUCCUAAGGCGCAUCUCCAGGCGUUCCAUAUCGCCAUGGGAAGAGCCAGGCUAAAGGACAGCGAGAUCGAUGUCGGAUACUGUCGUCUGUUCGUUGAGAACCUCGAAGGCGCGGCACUCGAAUGGUUUUCCCGAUUGGAGCGAAACUCUAUCGGAAGUUUUCGCCAGCUCGCCUCGGAGUUUCUCUUAAAAUACUCCAUGUUCAUGGAUAGAGAAAUGUCCGAGGUCGACCUCUGGAGCAUGGCUCAGGAAGAGGGCGAGCCCCUCCGAGAGUUCGUAAGCCGCUUCAAGCUGAUUAUGUCGAAGGUGAGUGGAAUUAGCGACAAGGUCGCUAUAGAUGCGCUCAGAAAGGCACUAUGGUACAAAUCGAAGUUCAGAAAGUGGCAUAAGCCGACGAAGAACCCCUCCAAAGACGCGGAUCCGAAAUCAAAAAGGAGGACCUCUCGUAACGACAAGUACGUCCAUCACGAGGAGGAAGAACUCCGGGGUGCACACAACUAUGCGAUCAAUCCGGAGCAAGGCAGAAGCCGUAGCCAGAAUUACGAUGAGAAUUCCUUCUGCGAGCUCCAUCAAACCAGAGGUCACUCCACGACCAGAUGCAAGGUCUUGGGAGCAAGGCUGACCGAGAGACUGCUCGCCGGAGAACUCUCCGGAGUAACCAGCAUAAAGGAUCUAAUCCUCGACACCGAUCGACAACCAAGGUCGGACAGAAAUCCUCCCGCGGAAACUUCUUCUCCCAGAAAUCAGACGGGAGAGAAACACGGAAGAAAACAGGAUGACGCAAAAAACGAUAACAACCGCAGGAGGGUGAACAUGAUCAUCGGAGGAUCGCACUACUGCAAGGACUCGGUUUUGGCCAUCAAGGCCUACCAGCGUAAAGCCGAGUCAAGCGCAAAAUAUCCGACACAAUCCCCUCCUCAAGACGAGCAAAGCGAUCCAGUGACAUUCACGGAAGAAGAGGCCACCGGACUCGAUCAAUCCCACUGCGACCCUUUGGUCAUAGAUCUCGUGAUAAGAGAUCUCGAGGUCUCAAGGAUACUCAUCGACACCGGAAGCACGGUCAAUGUAAUCUUCCGCGACACCCUUAACAGAAUGAAUGUCGAGCUCGGGGAAAUCACCCCAGUACCAAAACCGCUCACGGGUUUCUCUGGACAAACGUCCAUGACCCUCGGAUCCAUCCAGCUUCCCGUCAUGGCAAAAAGCGUCACUAAAAUCGUUGACUUUGCGGUAGUAGAUAGCCCGGCCAUCUACAACGCGAUCAUGGGGACCCCGUGGCUAAACGCUAUGGAGGCAGUCCUCUCGACCUAUCACCUAGGCGUCAAGUUUCCAACAAGAACUGGAAUCGCCGCAAUCUGGGGUUGUCAGAAACAGUCGCGAUUUUGUUUCUUAGCGGAACAUAAGUUAAGACAAGCCACGACGACCUCCACGGCUAAACGCAAGCGUACUCAACCUACCUCCGAGGACGUCCUGAUAACAAGCACAGCGACUCCUCCCGCAGAAACGGAUUCAGAAGAGGGAAUCGCCCCCAAAUCCGAAGACAACAUCGAAACUCAACGGGAAGAGAAAAAUCCCGAGGAAGACAUCGACCCCGCAGCUAAAGCGGUCGACGAAAACCUAAUCGCCGAGUAA